AUGGUGUAUCUCAAGGUAUCAGCACAAAAAGGAAAGGAUCAUUUCGGUAAAGUCGGGAAGUUAGCAGUACGUUUCAUUAGUCCAUUCCGGAUCAUUGGAAGAGUCGGAGAAGUAGCUUACAAGUUGGAACUACCGGAAGACAUGAACCUACAUCCAGUGUUCCAUGUGUCUAUGCUGAGGAAGCAUAUCAAUGACCCUAAUUCGAUCGAACCGGAAAGGAUUGCAGAGUUGAGACAAGAUCUUUCCUACCCGGAGGGGCCGAUCAGAAUUGGAGAGCGACGUAUGAGAAGAUUGAAGAAUCAGGGAAUUCCUCAAAUCCAAGUAUUUUGGGGAAGACAAAACCGCAUGGUGGUAACAUGGGAAGACGAAGAGAGGUUUCGGCAGAACUAUCCAGAGUUCUUUGAAGAUGAAGCAGGGACGUCAGCAGCUCUAUAG